AUGAAAAUCAACGAGGAUAUUAUCACGAGCCUGGCGAAUCUCACCGCGCCUGCGAUCCGACAUGGAAAUGAAUUGGAGAUCACCGAGACAGCCACCCUCGCUGUUGGCUUGCUUACAGCGUCUGUUUUGGCUAAUACUGGGGGAUGCUGUUUCGUGCCUUUUCUUACCUUGCUCAACGUCGUCAUGUUAGCUUUGAGUAACCGCAAGAAGACGCCAUGGGACGACAUGCGCCCCAAAAUCGAGGCGAUGAUCAACCACAAAGUUCAGCAAUAUCACCUUGACACCAUCCACAGCCAGCUUCGCGGCCUCAUCGAAAACUUGGGGGCUGUUCGGCUCGUCUACAAGCAGUUCAACGAGGCGCCGCCGCAAAACAGGGAGCGACAGGGCGAGCUGCUCCGAUUGCACCACAACGCAUUGCUCAUGUUCCUACGAGCCUCUAUUCCGCAUUACCAGAUGGAGAGGCAUGCCGUGGUGUCUCUGCCAGACUUUGCCCUGGCAGCCACCAUACAGAUUAUGAUGCUGGGCGAUGCCCUCAAAAACGGCCUGGCGUGGGGCUACACACCGGAAUUUCUACGUGCCAUCAGAGACGAUUUGAACGCCAAGACGGGCUUGGGCACCAAGAUAAAUGCUGUACCGAAACGCACUGCCCUGCCUGGUACUAGCGCCGGCAUCGCCCCGAGAGCCAUUGGCCACGGGUUGCAGAUGCAGCUCCUCUCCGACACCAUCCGCCAGGGCGAGGCCGAAGGUUGGUCUGCGGAGCUUAUCGCCACCUGGAAGCAAGCGUACUCGGCCCUCAGCGUGCAGCGCCGCGAUGUCUCGAGCGGUGCCGGCGAAGAGGUCCUCGACUACCCCACGUACGUAGAGCAGACGUACGAGCACGGCCGCACGCUGGUCAAUCCGCCCAAGCCUGGACAGGACCUAGGGCCGGGAAGCAAGGUGGCGGCUGCGAUGCGAGCCCUCGCCGACUACGACUCCAUCAUGACCAUACACGUCAUGACGUACGCCGAGUACUGGCCGUACAUCACUGGUGAAUAUGUGGUGCCCGAUAGCGUCUUGAGGUCCAUGGACCGCGAAGUCUUCGCCGGCCCGUACGGGCGCUGGGCGGAUCGGGUGCCCUGGAGUAAGACGCACCCGGCGCCCGUGCGGCCGCGCAGCGGCAACAUCACCUCGCUCAUGGUGCUCGCUGGCGAAAGCAUCGACGGCUUCCGCCAGGCGUCGGGCGGCCGCUGGGGCGCCCACCACGGAUCAUCCAGCGAUGGGCUGCCCUACCGCAUCAACCUCGGCCCGAACGAGAUUAUCGAAAACAUCGAGGUGACCUAUGGCGAGAAGGUCGGUUCCUUGGUCUUUAUCAGCAACAAGGCCAGGUACGGGCCGUACGGGUCGCCCAGGCACACCACAACCAAGCCGAAAAAGUGGAAGCAGGCCCUGCUACACAAUGCCACGCUCGGCCUGAGCGUCAACCGCACCGGCUACGGCUUGUCGAGCGUCCAUUGCACCAGGUGGACGGGCGGUGCGGCUGCGGGGUGCGAGGGCAUCUACUUUGGCUUCCGCCCCUUGUACAUUGCUGACGACGAGCACGAGCCCGCCUCAAACUAUACCAAUGCCGCGAUUGGAGCCUUGGCCAACUGGGGAUUGACCUGA